CAGAUUUGGCAGAGGUCGCGAUGUACCGAGAAGGGUGACGUUUGAUGAACCAAAACAACGCAGUGGGUGUUAAAGUGCAUGUAAGUCCAUUCUGGACAUGCAGGUUAAUGACCUACAAGAUUACAGUCUGUAGGCGAAGUGUGUCCGUGUUGUAAAACUUCCUGCCGGUGAAGCGCAGCUUUUCUCAUCGUCUGCCUUUUCGUUUCUUUCCACAGCUACGCGGAGGUUUUGUUUUUGUGGAUACAAUCUCAGUUGAUUUUAACAGACUAUUUCCAAUUUAAUUUUACUUAAAGUUUGCGGGGAAACACUUACAACUUUUUUGUUUCGGAUUUCGGCCGGACUUGAGGAUUGCUGACAGCUGCAGGAGCCCGUCCGCCUCCUCUCUCUCCAAAAACAAGCGGCUGUAGUCGAUAGUGCAAAACUGUUGACGCCGGUGUGAAGGCAGACGUGCAGGUUGAAGUCAUUACUUAGUGUCACCACAGAGAUUGUCUGCCAAGCUGAAGCUCUUUAUGUAGAUGGACAUGGAAGUGGAGCUUGAUGGAUUAUUUCGCCAUAACAGCACCUUUGACUACAAUGACUACAACUAUGAGUACAAAGAUAUUGAUUUAAAAGGCAGUAAAGAGGUGUUGAUCCCAGUUCUGUACUCAGUGGAGGUGGUUAUAGGUCUGCUGGGGAACGGGCUGCUCUUGGCCAUUCUGGCUCAGAAGAGGCGAUGCUGGAGUAUAUCAGACACCUUUAUCCUCCACCUGAGUGUCGCGGACAUCCUACUGCUGGUGACACUGCCCUUCUGGGCUGUACAGGCCGCUCAACAUUCUGGAUGGUGCUUUUGGGGUUUUCUCUGCAAGCUCAGUGGAGCUGUUUUUAAUAUCAACUUCUACUGUGGGAUCCUUCUGCUGGUUUGCAUCAGUCUUGACUGCUACCUGUCCAUUGUCCACGCCACCAAGCUGUACUCCCAGAAGAGGCCAAUGUUAGCUCAUAUCAGCUGCCUGUUGGUCUGGCUCAGCUCCCUGAUCCUGACCAUCCCUGACUGGAUUUUUAUGGAGGCAAGGAAAGAUCCAUCACAAGUGAAAACACUGUGUGCUCACAACUACUCUGAGACCCUAACUGAACUGAAGCUGGUGUCACGCCUGUUCCACCACACGCUGGGCUUCCUGCUGCCUGCAGCCACACUGAUCAUCUGCUGCUCCUGUAUCCUGCUGCAGCGCAGCUCUAAAGGUCUCCAGAGGCCAAGGGGUGUCAUGGUUAUUCUGCCCCUGGUGGUGGUCUUUUUUGUCUGCUGGAUGCCAUACAACAUCACACUCAUUGUAGACACGAUCACAAGCAGCUCCAAAGAGCCGAAUGACGGUCUAUCUGGAAGUCCUGCAGGUCAUCUCAAAACAGCUCUGAUGGUCACAUCUGCUCUGGGCUGCAUUCAUGCCUGCCUCAGGCCUCUGCUCUAUCUUGGCCUGUGUGGAAACUUCAGGAAACGGAUCCUGGCAAUGCUGACAUGUGCUACACUUGAAUCUGAGCGCUCGCUAUGGGACUUAGGUGUGGGCGAAGACCCCCUUCCUGAUCAGAGUCAUGAGGGAGAAGAGCUGAACCAGAUGACAAGUGUAGAUCAUCAGGUGCAGUCAACUGAUCAGUGCUGACGAAGGGACAAAAAUGCCCUCCUGUGACUCAUAAAUGGCCUGAACAAUGCUCCAGCCCUGCGGGGAAUUUAGUGUGAAGUCAUGUCAUGGGUUUAAGGGGAGGAAGACUACAUUCUGUCUAAUGAUCAGAAAUAGAUAUUUAUAAUGACUCUGUCACAUUGUAUUUUUGUGAAAGUUUCAGAGCCACGUCAUGGUGACAUAUACAGUCUGUAUUUUUAUUUUGUAAUCCCUCUUGCACAGCUUUAGCUUGUCACCCUAAAUCAUGCUUUUUGUGCUCAAUUGUAGAUAUAUGUAUUUUUAUUGUAUCAUUAUUAUGAUUAUUAUUUAAAAAGCUAAUAGUUUUUCCAUGAUUUUAUAUAUAGUGAAAGAACUGUUGUGUCACACUCACCAUAAAGCUAAUACCAUAACGUUUGAAAUUGAAAAGACUAAGCUCUUCUUCCUGCCAGUGUUAUUAUGAUCUUCCAUUAAACAGUCCGACACAGUUUAUAACUUUAUGGCUGAUAACAUAUCACAAAGUGUUUCACUUUCCGUUUUACAUGUUAUCUUGCUACGUUCAAGCAGUAAAGACUGAAUUCCACAAUUGC